AUGGAAGGGAAUGACGUUGACUGGUUUGCCGCUAUUAAGCUACCGUCAGAUGUCGACACAGAUAAAGGCCGAAGGUUCAUUUACUUUGAUCCAUGGAUAGGCGAAUGGACGCAGAGUGAAUUACUCAUUAGCAGUAAUAAAUCGGCAAUUGGAGCCACACUCAGUCAACUUUAUAAUAUCAACAAGAAAACAGCUAGUGUGAUUGAUUCGUGGUCAAGGAAUUCAGUUGUGGAAUCCCGCCCAGUAUCGCAUCCGUUGGAAAGGACAUUUGCCAUCGCAUACAAUGACGACAGGCCCAGUGGACCGGUGGUGAGUGGUCUAGCUCACAGUAAAGGUGUGGCCGUGUUUGACCAUUUUGUUGGAUUCUGGAUGGUACACAGUGUGCCAAAUUUCCCACCUUCUAGGGGCAAAUAUUCCUAUCCUGGAUCUGGUGCUGUUUAUGGCCAAUCGUUCCUUUGCAUGUCCAUCAGCUCGAAUAGUUUAGAAGAUGUUGGCCAAUACAUGCGAUAUGCUCAUGUGAACCCAUAUCUAACCAAUCUGCCAAAAUACCACAAAAUAUUGGCUCCAUCGCUUGUCGACGUUGUUAAUAAGAAAUCACUCUCUAAGUCUGCAACUAUUUUCUCAACAAUCCGUAGAAUAGAAACUCUAGGUGGAAAGAAGUUGAUCGCGUUUUCCAAGCAUAAAAAGUAUGGAAAAGAUCUUUGGUACGACUUAAUUGCUCUGAAUCUCAAUUCGCAAAUGGCAGUGGAAACAUGGAGAAAGGGAAGUACGCAAAAUAUCGGAUCGACUUGUAAUGAGAGUGAUCCGUCGAGAAAUGUUUACGAUGUCAAUACAGUGAAAUUACUCGGCAAAAGGUUUAAAUAUUGGAAAGAUCAUUCAAAGUGGGGCGUAUCAAUGAAUGCAUAUGUACCUGCAGUCUGCAUCGGAGACAUAAAUCGCCAAAAAUCUCAAUAUAAACGCGGCGGUGGAGCUGUUUGUAUGGAAGAUGUAAAGUUAUGGGAAGCUUUUAUCCAAUCAGUCAAAUGUUAUGAUCUGUGCAAAACUAUGUGA